AUCACUACAAUAAACCCAUUUAUUUGCUGUUAAUUUUCUUGUCCAUAUCCCAAUUCUACUCAACUCUCUCUCUCCUUAGCUUCUAUUCAAAUACCCCCACCCCCUUUCUAUGAUUUUCUUCUCUUCCUCUCUUGUUUGGCCACAGCAAAAUUCUAUCUGGGAGUUCUUAGUUUCUUACAAUGGGGCUGUUUGGGCGUUUUGUUUCAGUUCUUUUGAUGUUUUAUCCUGAUUUGUUCCUUUGAGAAGGUCCGCCAUGGGAAGUAGAGCUUUUUGCAGCCAUGGAUACUAUUGUUUGGCAUGUUCUUGGGUAUUGGUUUUUUGAGUGGCCACUGACUUGUAAGAUGCUUUGAAACUUCGUUGGAAUACUAAGAAUUGUUUGAUUUAACUCUUAAAGGAUCAUUGUUCAUCGUCCUUUCCAGUUGAAGGCAGAUCAGGAACAGAGAACACAAGGGUUUGAUUGGCACAUGAGUGAUAUGAACUUUCUAUUUUCAGUCUCUCUUGUUGUUAGAUUCGCUCAUCAAAGAACUAAGGGGUUUUGAAUUAUCAAGUUUCACUGCGGAAUUUCAUCAAACAGGUUGAAGAUCUAAAGAAAAUUACCUUUGGCAGCGUCAUUCCUGCUGUUGUUUAAAAGUUGUUAGCUGCUCCUAUGGCGAUGGUGUCCGAUCAUCACCGUCCCCGUCCCCACCGCCUCCUCCUCGACGCCAACACGACGGAGGCGCCGUCGAAUGGAAGCAGAACGCGAAAUUCGUAUACCAACGAAGCCAAUUUCGACACGAACAUGGUGAUAAUCCUUGCCGCAUUACUCUGCGCAUUGAUUUGCGCUCUAGGAUUGAACUCAAUCGUUCGCUGUGCACUUCGCUGCAGCCGGCGAUUCUCCUUCGAGACAGGCGGCGGCACAGCCUCGCGCCUCGCCGCAACAGGGCUGAAGAAAAGCGCAUUACGCAAACUUCCGGUCACCGUAUACGGGUCGGAGUCGGGUCUAGGGAUUCGAGAAACGGAUUGCCCUAUCUGCCUGGGAGAUUUCAUCGCCGGAGAGAAAAUCAAAGUGCUUCCAAAAUGUAACCAUGGAUUUCACGUUCGAUGUAUCGAUACCUGGUUGGCUUCCCACUCGUCGUGUCCGACCUGUCGUCAAUCGCUGUUCGAACAGCAGUCAGCUUCUGAAUCAACGGAAGCUGACGCCGGAAACCGACCCGCCGGAAAUCCAUCAGCUAGCGGCCAAGGUGAGAUCUCGAUACCCAUAGAUCAAAUCAGCUGAUUUCAAGGGCUGCCAUUUCCAUUUGCAUAUAAAUUCUUUAAUUGUUUGCAGCUUUUAGCCUCUUCUUUUGGGUAAUAAUCUGGAUUAUACAAUAAUCAAUAUAAUUAAUGGUUGCCUUGUGAACAAUAAAUAUAAUUU